UUUUAUGGAAACCCCCCCCAAGAUUUAAGCGCUCUUGAAAAAGCUGGAAUUUGGUAACUCCUAUAUAAAUAGGGAUUGGAUUGUUGGGUGUGUAAGUGCAGCAUGGCUUGUGCGAUGGUUGUGAAUGUGAGAGAGUUCGACCCAAGUAAAGACAGAGAGAGUGUGGAAGCCGUUGAGAGAAUAUGUGAGGUUGGACUCAGUGGAAAGGUUUCCCUCUUCACGGACCUCCAGGGUGACCCAAUUUGCAGGGUCCGCAAUUCACCUACUUUCCUCAUGCUGGUAGCCCAAAUUGGGCAAGAGACUGUAGGAAUGAUAAGAGGGUGCAUCAAAACCGUUACAUGCGGAAAGAAGCGAAACAAGCUGCCCAUAUACACCAAACUCGCUUACAUACUAGGCCUCCGUGUGUCUCCAAACCACAGGAGAAUGGGCAUAGGGCUGAAGCUGGUGCAGAGAAUGGAGGAGUGGUUCAGAGGCAAUGGAGCGGAGUACGCCUACAUGGCAACGGAAAAGGACAAUGUCGCAUCCGUUAAGCUCUUCACCCACAAAUGCGGCUACAACAAGUUCCGUACCCCCUGCAUCCUCAUCAACCCCGUUUACGCUCACCCACUCAAGACCUUCUCCAACAAAAUCACCAUAAUCCCACUCGCCCCACACGACGCCGAGUUUCUCUACCGCAACAAAUUCGCCACCACUGAGUUUUUCCCGCGCGACGUCGACGCCGUUCUCACCAACCACCUCACUCUCGGAACCUUCCUGGCCGUUCCGCGCGCCUCUUUCUGGGCUGACACGUGGCCCGGCUCGGCCCGCUUUCUGGCGGACCCACCUUCCUCCUGGGCCCUCCUCAGCGUCUGGAACUGCAAGGACGUGUUCACGCUCCAGGUGAAAGGCGCUUCGCGCGUGAAGAAGACGCUCGCCAAGACCACUCGCCUCCUCGACAAGGCCUUGCCCUGGCUGCGUCUGCCUUCUAUUCCGAAUUUCUUUAAGCCCUUUGGGUUUCACUUUUUAUACGGGCUUGGAGGGGAGGGCCCGGAGGCCCACAAGAUGGUGCGGGCUUUGUGCGCCUUCGCGCACAACCUCGCCAAGGACCGUGGCUGCCAGGUUGUGGCCACUGAGGGUUCGAGCCGCGAACCCCUACGCUGCGCCAUCCCGCACUGGAAGAGGUUCUCCUGCGACGAGGAUUUGUGGUGCAUCAAGAGACUCGGGGAAGAUUACAGCGAUGGCUCCCUUGGUGAUUGGACCAAAUCUCCUCCUGGAUUCUCAAUUUUCGUUGAUCCUAGAGAGGUUUAAUUUUACCAACUAAUUACAACUUCAGAAACAAAAAAUAAAAAAAAUCUGAUCUUUUAGUUAUACCUGUAAGGACUAAGGAGGGUUCUUUUUUAUUAUUAUUUUUUUUUAUGUAAAGAAAGAAGGAAUAUCCUAUCUCUCUCUUUGUUUUGUUUAAAUUUUGUAAAUGGUUAGUAAAAUGGAUGUGGGUUCUAUAUCCCUUUUGUUUGA